UUAAAAGGAUGGGUCGUAAAUUUGGGUUGAUUAGUUCCCCGCUCUUGGUUUGACUUGGCAUUAAUUUCACCAUGGGUCGGACAUAUCUCAGCAAUGAUGCGGCACUGGAAGCCAUGAUGAAACGUGAAUGGUCACAAAUCAAGAGAAUGUAUGAGGAUUACAUAUCAGGAGGGGCAGUUGGGGGGCCACCUUCUCUACUGGGCGGCUCCCUGCUUCAUUUAGCAGUGUGGAGUAACAAGGAGGAUCUGCUGUCCAAGAUGCUUGCCCUCACUCCUCCCGCUGCUGCCAUAUUGGAAAUGGGCACCAGUGAGGUCGACAAUACCAUCCUUCACGAGGCCGUCCAUGGCGGCAACAAGCAAAUGGUUAGAAUGAUCCUUCAAAAGAAGCGCAGCCUCAUCGAGCAGCGCAACCAGCUGGGGGAGACACCCCUGUAUACGGCAGCAGCAGUGGGGAAUACAGAUAUAAUCGAACUUCUGCAUCCCUAUGUCCAGGCUUCCUGCAGCAGCACGCUCAUCCGACGAAAUGACGGCACCACAAUCCUCCAUGCAUCCGUCCAUGGCCUCUUCUUUGGUACUGCAGUGAAGGUGGCUCAAUUGUAUCCACAUAUUAUCCAUCAUCAAGACCAAAAGGGAAUGACUGCACUGCAUCUGAUUGCCAGCUUACCGUCAAAGGUUGACAAGCGCUCCCUAGUCCCCAAACCUGAGUACAAGGGUUUUGAUCGUAGCCCUCGACUGAUGAAAGCACUGAAGCAAGAGUACAGCAACAAAGGGGAUGCGGAAAGUGGCUUGUGGCCAAGCAGCCGAAGCAGUAGUAUCUUUCGAUUUACAAGUGGAUACAGUGGAUUUUGUGGGAGGCUCACAGGCCAAGGUCUUCAAUGGUCGCUAGAACAUCUGGUGGACCUUUUGAUUGAGAACUAUGAGAUGUAUAAAGAGCUUAAGAAAGACGCUCCAGAUAGCAGCACGAACACUGCCACAGGUGGAAGAGCACUAGAGCAAAUGGAAACACCGUUGUCAAUGGCGACCAGGCAUGGCAUGACUUCGGUGGUAGAGAGGAUACUGUUCAAAUAUCCUCGUGAAGUUGACCAUGUGAACGAUUUGGGUGAGAACCUGCUGCAUCUAGCGAUAAAGUAUCGACAGGAGGGCAUCUUCAAUCUCUUCAACCGCGGCAGUCCCAUAGUCCUGCAAAGGCUGGCUCGGAGGUUGGACAACAGCGGGAACACUGUCUUACACCAUGCUGGCGAGUUCAACGAACAACAAAACUGGGACAAGCCAGGAACUUACUUUCCCAUGCAUUGGGAAUACGAGUGGUUCAAGAGCGUGAAGAAGAUCACAUCUAAGGAUCUUAUAGAGCAUCUUAACAUAAGUGGCAAGACAGCCAGGGAAUUGUUUAUCGAUAGCCAUGAAAAAUUUAAGAAGGAUGAUGAGAAGUGCUUGAAAGAAACUGCCAGUGCCUUUUCAGUGGUUGUCACACUCAUGGCAUCAACAGCAUUCGCAGCACUCUACACCUAUCCUGGAGGUCCAGACCAAAUUCAUGGCAAGCCUAUAUUACGAAUCAACCCAGCCUUCCAUGUAUUUCUGGUUGCAAAUGCAUUAACCAUAGGCUUUUCAUUGAGGGCCUUGCUGUACUUUCUGUUUGUCCUUAGUUGGAGGUGGUUUUCCUCCAGAUGUCAUCUGGAACAUAAAACUAAAGUUGUGAGAUUGAGCAAGACCAAAACAAAUCAGAUUCAUUGGAAUUUUUAUCAUUGUACAUCAAUGAUAUUAUCAAAUGUGACGCUUGGUCAUCAAAGGAGUACAAUGGUUUUCUUGGAAAAAGAAAACAAAGAAAGCGGUAUGGUUUUGAGUGGCAAGUUUUUGGCUCACGGUGAAUAUCUGCUCGUGAUGGAUCCCUUGACAAAUUGUACUGGCUUUAGUUAUUCUCCUUCCACCACCUCUUCAUUACUAUGACAUCCCAAAGCACGAUUGCCUCUUCGGCCUGGGAUUGUUACUAGUUCUAGAAUGCCAUCAGUGUUUUUUUUUAGGCUAGUAAAUGGUUGAUAUCCUUGGCGCAGAAGGAGCUUGAAUAUCUUUUCAUUUUGGAAAAAUUGGUUAA